GCCAGUCACGGUGUUGCUGUUUGGUACCGCACGAGUACCCAUCCUCGCUGGUACUCCUUGCCCAACGGUGCGGUACGCGCUUCUUUUCCUGCAAGAAAGCGCGCUUAUCUGGAUCACUUGGUUUUCUUUCCGUACGCGGAUUAUCGAGAUAACGUCCGAUCGUGUGUUUUGUGUGAAAAAUUUGUAGAUAGUGGUGGAAAAUUGCGGUGGAUUUUCUUUUCUUGUGGAUGAAUUUUUUGUGACGAAUGCUGACGGGUUUUCCGGUGCGUUUCAAUGUUUGUGAACCCUGUUGAAAGGAAAGGAGUUGCCAAUUAGCCUAGGCGAUGUGUUAUCAUUGUUAAUGAGUAUAUUGGAAAAUAAUGCCUUAUAAAUGACUCCGAACUUGCCUAAAGAGGACAUGUGUAAUAUGAACAACGCCGUUAUACCUCGGCCUCCUGCGCUACCGCCGGGUCCACUGGUACCCACUUAUGGAAUCAAACCGCCCCCAAAACCUCCCGGGAAAUAUACCGAGCGCCGCCCGAGCGAGCAAAACAGCAGCAAAGCGAGCCCAAUCUCCGAGGGAUUUCGAUUGGUGGACGUUACAUGCCACAAUAACGAUGACACCGGCAGCGUCUAUUCCUUGUACAAACAGAAAAUUGACUCCAUGUUCGAAUCGGAUUCGAGCAGCACGAAGAACAGCGUACAAGCCAAAAUCGAAAAAAUGUUCAACGAAGUAGCGCAAGAUAAUGGUAUGGGUGUCAAAGGGAUAGGUACACACAACUUUUCCGUCGAUUAUUUAGGAUCGGUGCCCUUGAACGAGAAGGUAACCAGCCUGUCCGGGUUGCAGAAUCCCCUGAGAGAGUUGUACUUCGCCUACAAGAAGGUGAUAAAAACGAAAAAAACGCUAACGGGUCGCCUGGAAAUUUCCAGCGGCGGAUUAAAAGUGCAAUACCAAGGCGAAAAAGGUGACCUGGAACAAUUAAACUCCUUUCCGACAAUAGCGGUCUGGAGCGCCGUGAAAUUCGUCCUACACGAUGUCGAUCAACCGCGGCCCACGUACGCCUUUCUGCCCCUGAUCACCGAUCCGGAUAACACGGACAAAAGGUCCUUGUUCCGUCCGCUCGACGACAACGAGAAGAAAUUCAUCACCACCGAGGCGCAUUCGCCGCUAUUCGCCGUAGUGAUGAGGAAAAUCGGCGUACAGAAACAACUGGAAUGCCACGGAUUUGUUUGUCAAACGUCUGAAGAUGCCAUAGUAAUCGCCGCUACUUUGUACAAAUCGCUGGUGGCUCACAUGAAGGCGAGGGAAAAUAAGCCGAGGAACAAAAACGGCGUUACCACGUGCAUGUCUGUAACAUCCAGUUUGAAUAAGGAACGUUCGGAGAGCUCGUUGCCGGUGAGGCCUCCCAGGAAGAAGCGGAGCAGUACAUCAUCAGUCACUAGCGAAACGGAUAUCAUAAGCAUAUCGGAUACUAAACCUUUGCUGAAUUCGCAACGCCUUCCCAAAAAGAGUGUCAAAACUAAAAGAGCACCUAAAGCACCGCAGAAUAAAACCGAAGAUUUAGAUGCCAUUUUACCCUACGAAGAACCGAACAAUUCCGAAAUGAACACCAACAAUGAGUGCAUUAGAACGCAAUCACAAAGCACCGAUCACUCCGGUAGAGAGUUUCAGGAAAUACCACCAAGAACUUACACUGACAAGCUCAAUUCGUACAUGACCAAAGAACAGAAGCAAUUAGCGGCGGAAAUAAAGCAAAUGAUGAACGAUGGCGGAACGAAGUGCCUGAAAAAAGUAGUGAGAAAAUCCGAGGAGCCUAUUCGUAAACCGGAAAAUUCCGGGGACAUACUGACUAAAGUCACCAUCCCCAGAUCCGGCAGUUUUCUCAACGCCGGAGGAUUGACUCGAUACAAGAACAAAGGUUCCAGAAGCAACGACCAGGGUAGCGGCGGAUCACCGUUGGGCUUCAAAGAGAUCUUCAACGAGCUGUCGCUGCAGGAGGGCCUGCACUCCUUGGACGACAUCCUUGGCGUCAUAAUCGACCCGGACGGUAUGUCCUUCAACGAUCUCAAACCUAUAUACAAGGAGUUCCUGCUCAAGCUUUCGGUGACGCUGACCAAAGACGAGCUCUAUCAGCGCUCGAAGAGCAUCAUGCGGCGGCAGAAGAAGAAGAUGUUGAAAAAGUCUCCGCAGCAGAAAAGCAGGGUGAAAGUCGGCGCGAAGUUCAAGCGACUGAAGCACGUCUUCCAGAGGAGUUUCGAUAUGAAAUUAGCUAAAAAGACUAAUAAACCUACGGUCACUACCGCGAUUCCAUCGCGCGAGGGUUCGAAGCUUCCGGAAUCCUCCAUAUCGACGUCUUCGUACGACACGAGGCAAUUUCGAUCCAAAGACGAACUCUCCUCGAACAAGAAGCAAAGCUACAGGAAGAAAUCCAGACGGGACAGGGCGAGCACCAGCGAGGAAAGCGACUUUUUCUCGCUAAAAAAAUCCAGAGCCCGAGCUCAGGGAUUCAGCUUGUUGAACAACCAAAACAGAAACUCCUCGUCGGGUUAUGUAUCUUGUUCCGAAUGCUCCUACGAUUCCGAUACCUGCACGUGUGUGUCUGCCGAUAAGUGCUACUGCUCUUUAGGACAGAAGAAUUCAUCCAGAAAAUCCAGAUGUCAUGGUGCGAAUUGCCAGAGGGACGCGUCCUGCUCCUGCAACCUAGACAACUCAGUAGUUUACUGCGGAUGCGAUACCGACUCCUGCGCCGAAAGCAACAAGUGCUACUGCCCCAAAGGCGGGUUCAGAUCGUCGGUGAUAGCGAAGCUGGAGCGCAAGGGCUUCCGGCAGGAGCCGGACCGCUACAGGCACAAGAAACUCUGCAAGAAGAACUCGAACACGAAGAGCACCAAGAGCUUGGAGUACGUUUACAACCCGACCGAAGCCUAUUACGAGAAGCUCAAGAACAAGGGCAAGUUCGGCACGCAGAGCUCGAUGCCUCUAUUGAGCGAUUGCGAUAAGUUUUCCAUGCUCAAUGGGGGUUUGCAGAGCUUGAACAGCAGGAUGCUGUACGGAUCCGGCAUGGGGCCUUGCAGGCCUGUAACGGUGAAAAAUUAUCAGUCCACUAAAGGAUACCGAUCAGUGGGAAAAGCGACAGCGAUCUCAUCGGGAGGGUGUUCGGAGGCACUGGCAGUGAAAAAAUCAGCGGAAAUAGCGGCUUUGUUCAGCGACAUCAAGCUCACCCAAACCACCGACAUAGCCCAUAUGAAUCCCAUCGCGUUCGACUCCAAAAACACCUACGGCAAAAGCUACUCUUACACCGGGAAAUUCGGCAAGAACCAGAAAACCGCGCAGAAUCACUACACGCACUUGCAGAAGAACAAAAGCGCGUUGUACUCGUUGAAGUUGCCCAUCGAGAGCGCUAGAAACGUGGCGCAAUCGGUCAGAAGCUCGUCGAAUAAAAGCGGAAAACCCAACAUGUACAGCGCCAAAAAUGGCUUGUAUACCAUCCAGAGCCAAUCGGACGAAUCGCGGAGAUCCAGUUCCUGCGAGGGCAGGAAAAUAGAGACUAGGGAAUUUUACAAAUUUAGCCAAGAUAUGCGUAACGUUAGCAGUAAUAUCGAAAAUUCUUUAGGAUACUUACCGUAAUUUACGCUUUUUUCUUGUUAUUUUCGCAUUUAUUAGUUAAUAAGAAGCUUGCCAUAUAGCAUUGUUCGAUAAACAUGCAUGUUAGUAUCAGUUUAUAAUUGAACAGUUGUUACUUUUCCUAAAUAUUUUAGUUAAUACCUGUUAGUAGAAAAUCUUUCCAAGUAUAACAGUGAACAAUUUGAAUGCUUCCAGUAAAUAUUUAUCUAUUUCUAAUAGCAAGUUGGACCAAUUUUUGGAAAGACUACGGAUUCAUAAAAUUAGUAGGUGUGGUUCAAAGACUCGCUGGUUUUUGGUUUGGGCAUCUUUUUGAAAUGCGAAGGACCGAAACGAUUUUAAAAAUUAGCAUGAUCGCCCAUUUUUUUCUCAGAAUGAACGUUCAUGCGCGCUUGUUUCAGUUCUGUUGCCGAUUCUACAGCUACAUGUAAGUUGCUGGGUUUGUAAUUUAGUGAUAUUUGUAAUAGAAGUGCAAUAAAAUUCUCUUGUAGUGCUGGUGGACUCAUUUUAACAAAGAAUGAAAGGGAACUCAUGUCACAUUUAUUAAUAUUUUUUUAAAUAUAUCUCAUUGUAUUCAAUAAUGUUAGCUUAUUUAAUUGUUGUAUAAAUUGUGUAAAAAGGAAUUUUUAACUGAGUUAAAAUGAGUCUAGCAAAACUUUACCUACUCGUGCAAUAUUUUUUUUGUUAAGUUAUUAUAUUCUAUUAUGUGUUUAUUGAAUAAA